GAUAAAUAAACAACCCUUGGAUCAACUGGCAGUUGCAGGUUCACCUCUUUUGACUGUUGCAGUGCUUGAAGAAUCUUGGCUGGCUUCAAAACUGACAAGAUGAGAACACAUUUUAUUUUAUUGGGGCUGCUCUGCUUCUGUGCUCUCACCAUUAGUCAAGAAUGCAGACGACAGCUUCUGGAGAACACGGAUUUUCCGGGAUCAGAUAUAAAAUUUCUCUACUCUUCUGAUGUAGACCAUUGUCAGCAGCUGUGCACCCAACACCCUUCGUGUCGCUUCUUUACCUUUGUACGGCCCGACUCAGCUGACACAAGCAGUCAUUUCCAGUGUUAUCUAAAGUCUACUCAAUCUGAACGCCCAAGUGUUGAGUCCACACUUCAUGGUGUCACCUCCGGCUAUUCUCUCAAACCUUGCUCCACGGACUCAAAUCCUUGCCUGACUCAGGUGCAUCAUGGUGUGGACUUCUAUGGGGCAGACUACCGAGCCUUGUUCACAGCAGACUAUGAGGAGUGUCAGAGAGUCUGCACACAAGAUCCUGGCUGUCAGUUUUUUACUUUUGUCGAAGAGCUCUUUGAUUCAGAGAAGAUCAGAUAUAAAUGCCACCUUAAAUUCAGCUGGACUGUUCCAAGGAUUACUAGGAUAAAACCAAAGGCCGGUUUAGUGUCUGGAUUUUCUCACAACAUACAAAAUACUCAAGGGUCUGACACAGCAAGUCGGGCCAAGUUGUUCCCAAAUACUGACAUCCUUGGAAGCGACAUAGAGAACCUGCCUGCUGCCUCUCCUGAGCACUGCCACGCGUUUUGCACUGCUAAUCCAAGAUGUACCUACUUCUCUUACGACAGCAAUGAAUUUAGGUGUUACCUGAAGAACAACCCAGAAGAAAUGGUGAUGAGUGCUAAAAACGGAAUCAUAUCCGGGAUGCCAGCAGGCUCCCGUCAGCUAGACUACACAUGGGUAAAGAUGACUCAGGCAGGUGUAGAUUUCUGGGGUUCUGACUAUCACGACGUGGCAGCGGAUGAUGCAGAUGACUGCCAGAGGUCCUGUAAUGAAGAUCAAAACUGCCAGUUCUUCACCUAUGUCACUGACAGUUUUGUAGACUCUAACAUCAGACGCAUAUGCUAUCUUAAGCGUGACAUCACCAUGCCUGCUCCUCCUAAAGUUGCCAAAAAGGCCUAUGUUGUGUCCGGCUUCUCCCUGAAGAACUGCGCAUUCAGUGCUCUGACCCCAAAAACAGUGGAAGGAAUCUCCGUCUCUUUUACUUAACUAAAAGUACUAAUACUGUACUGCACGAAUACUCUGCUACAAUGAACAUGUUACUAAAGUACAAGUAUGUAUAAUCAGGAAAACAUACUUAAGACAUUAAAAGUAUAACGUUG